AGGAUGUACAAGUUCUUGGGUUUGGUUACCCUGGUGGUAGUAUCGAUUGCUUGGAUUCAGGCUGACUGCGAUGUGUGCCAAUCAAAUGGAGCAGCUUGCAUCAACCAGACCGCUUACCAUUUAUGCUUUGGUAGCCAAACACCAGAUGUAAAUCAGACCUUUGUAUGUACCGAAGGUUUGGUGUGCACGGAUCAGCCAGUGAUCUGCUUCCAGCGGAGCGAAAGUCCCUCCAGUUGUGGGGACACGGACAGCUGUGGCAUGUGUGCUCCCAAUUACACCUUUGCCUGCACUUCGCGGUCCACGUUUGCCUUUUGCUUUGGAGCCUUGACGCCUACCAAUGUCACCGGCAGCUGCCCCGAUGGAUACUUCUGUGAUGCCUCCACCCAAGAGAUUUGCGUGAACAAAGCCACUGAUGAUUCCAUUAUUUGUCACUUGAAUUAA